GAACCCCUUACAGUGCCAAGAACCCUGAGCCCUCGGAGCUCAAAGGGCCCAGUGAGACACCGGUGCGGGGCGCUUCUCUUGGGAGCAGCCAGGACCCCUCUCUCAAAUGCCUCCUAAUGAACUUCCUAGGGGUCUUCAAGCAUAGGAUGGAUGACCGCCGGCCUGGUAUAUUAUCACGAGAAUGCUCUUGGAGGUCGAGGUGGACUACCUCUGGAGCCUCCUCAGGCUCCAGUGGGAAAAUGCCAAGCAAAUACUUUACCUACAAGGACAUCCCGUUUCCUGAAAACUUUUACUCUCCUGAAGUCCUAAGCUUUGUAGAAGAAGAGUUCCAGGUCCAAGAGGAUGAUGUCUUCAAUGUCACCUUCCCUAAGUCAGGUACUUUCUGGAUGGUAGAGAUCUUGAGUCUCAUUCGUUCCAUGGGAGACACUUCCUGGGUCCGCUCUUUCCCCACCUGGGAACGGGCUCCUUGGAUAGAAAUAACUCCUAAGGAGAAAGAUCUACCGACCUGGGCUCAGCCCCGCCUGCUGUCCUCACACCUCCCGAUUCAGCUUUUCCCAAAAAGUUUCUUUCAGAGCAGAGCCAAGGUCAUCUACACAACUCGAGACCCGAGGGACGUGUGCACCUCCUUAUUUCACUUCUCCAAGAUUAUGACAUUUUUUAAACAAGCAGAGAGUUCGGAGGACUUCAUAGAGGAGUUCCUCAGUGGAGCCGUGCCCUAUGGCUCCUGGUUUGACCAUGUGAAAGGCUGGCUGGGACUUAGAGAACAGAGCAACUUUCUGCUGGUAACCUAUGAGGAGCUUAAGAAGGACAUUCGAGGCAGCAUAGAGCGCAUCGCCAACUUCCUGGGGGUCCAUCUGAGCAGCGCUGCCCUCGAGCAAGUGGUGGACAAUUGUAGCUUCCAGAAAAUGAAGGAGAACCCCAUGUCCAAUUUCAGCCAGAUGUCCUCUCAGUACGUUGCCAAAGAUCGGGGGACCUUCUUCCGGAAAGGGGUCACUGGUGAUUGGAAGAAUUUGUUUACAGUGGCUCAGAGUGAGCGUUUUGGCCAGAUUUACCAGGAGAAAAUGAAAGGCUUCCCCGUCCACCUCCCCUGGGAAGACCCAGAGGUCAAGGGGACCCUGAAGUAUUGAUCGCCCAACAGACUCAGACUAGGAGUGGCCCGUCCCCUUUUCUUGCUCAGGGAUUGGGGAUAGGGUCCCCAGAGAGGUAGAGGUGGGAAAGCCUGGGCCCAAGGAAUCUGCUAACCCUUCUCCCCUCUUUGUCUAAGAUUAGAAGCUUCUGGAACUUCAUCACACCCCAGCCUCCCCCAAAUCAGUAGCCAGGACACGAAAUCCUGCUGGGAGUUAAUUGUUAACCUGAGACCUCACAGGAGGAGUGGCAGGGAGAAAAGCAGCCAGAAAUCUGGCUCUUUGGAAAGGGAAGAGAAAGGAAGAGGAGGGAGGGUGGAGAGAGAGGGGAUGGCCAUGGAAAUAAUAAUCCAGGCCUCCCCUGCUACUCAGGCCCUCAAACUGGCUCCCCUGGCCUCAGCAGACCCCCUCUCCCAUCUUGUGCCUUCAUUUCUGUCUGUGGAAAUCUCUAGAAAAUCUUAAAUAAAGAAGGGAUGGAAGAA